CUGGUUGACAAAAGCCAUCUCCCCGGCCAUCCCACUGUACAAUGGGCUCGUGUUCUUGUUUGUACUGGCAAACUUCAGCAUGGCAACUUUCAUGGACCCUGGAGUUUUCCCACGAGCAGAUGAAGAUGAAGACAAAGACGACGACUUCCGAGCUCCACUCUACAAGAAUGUGGAGAUUAAAGGAAUCCAAGUACGGAUGAAAUGGUGUGCCACCUGCCACUUCUAUCGUCCUCCACGCUGCUCUCACUGCAGCGUCUGUGACAACUGUGUUGAGGAUUUUGACCAUCACUGCCCAUGGGUCAACAACUGCAUAGGACGGAGGAACUACCGCUAUUUUUUUCUCUUCUUGCUGUCCUUAAGUACGCACAUGGUUGGAGUAUUCACCUUUGGGCUCAUCUUCAUACUAAACCAUAUCGAAAAGCUGGGAGCAGCUCAUACUACCAUUACAAUGGCCGUCAUGUGCGUGGCUGGGUUAUUCUUUAUUCCAGUCAUUGGUCUCACUGGCUUCCAUAUUGUGCUAGUGGCCCGAGGGCGCACAACGAAUGAACAGGUGACAGGUAAAUUCCGUGGGGGAGUGAAUCCUUUUACCCGGGGAUGCUGCGGAAACGUGGAACAUGUGCUCUGCAGCCCCUUGGCUCCCAGUCACCAUCUUCCACUGCAGGGAAGCUGUUUCAUGUUAACUAGGUACAUAGUUGAGCCCAAGAAAAAGCAAGCUGUGAGUGUGAAGCCUCCUUUCUUCAGACCUGAUUUAUCUGAGCGACAGAUCACAGUGAAGAUCAGUGACAACGGGAUCCAAGCCAACCUCAACCGGAGCAAGUCUAAAAUUAGCCUGGAAGGUCUGGAGGAUAAAAGCAUGGAUGUACAACCACCUCUCCCGCCCAAAGGAGAUCCAAGCAAGUACUCUGAGCUAAAAGGGCAGCUGGGGACCAGUGAAGAAGGUGGCCUUUCACCCAAACUUAUCAGCCCUCCUACACCUGCCAUGUACAAGUAUCGACCGGCUUUCAGCAACAAUCCCAAAGUCCACUACCAUGCUACAGCUGAGCAGAUCACCAUGCAGGAGGGACACAGUCAAGGGGCUCUGAUAGAAGAGGAUGGCAGGAGCCUUGAUUACCAGUCCGAACCCAGCCUGGACAUCCCCAGCUACCGGAAGAGCUCCCUCCACAAGACCUAUCAGUCUUCCCCGCUCCAGAUAGAUUCCUUUGCCAUCAAUUCACGAUCCCUGAGCCUGAAAUCUGCUGGUAGGAAGGGGACAGACAAGGUGGCCCUUCAUCCAAUGAAGUCUGAAGGGGCGGCUUCCACCCCUUACAAAAGCAUCUUUUCUCCCAAUUCCCUGUCUAACAGAAAUGGGAGUCUUUCAUAUGACAGUUUGCUAAACCCCAUGUCGCCCUCGGGGAGGAAGUGCAUCGCCCAUUCUGCGGUCAGCUCCAUUGGGUACCACUCCCCAUAUUUAUCAGCCAAAAUGUGCCAUCUACGGGGGAGCGAGCUGCAACGCCAACCACCGCAGAGCUUCAGCCCAGUGCUGGGGGGUCCAGCUCCACAUCAGCGAGACCCCUCCCCAGUCCGCUAUGAUAACCUUUCCAAAACCAUUAUGGCAUCCAUCCAGGAGAGGAAAGAGAUGGAAGAGAGGGAGAAGCUCCUCCACUCGCACCCCGAUUCAGUGUUUGCAGACUCGGGUGUCUAUGACACCCCUAGCUCUUACAGCCUUCAGCAAGUCAGCACGCUCUCUGAAGACCCACGCAGCAUGGCAAUGAGAUACGGAUCUAGAGACAAUCUGAUGGCUGCUACCAGUUUUAGCACAAGGAACCCUAUACUGCAGUCCUCAGUGUCUUCACUCUCAAGUGCAAUGACAAGAGCACCAAGGACUUCCACAACCUCUCUGCAAGCUGAUUUAGCCAAUAAUAACGUCCAGUCCCAUCAAGCACUACAGGGCAGGGUGAGCAAUGGCUCCUACAAAUCCCCAGGCCACCAGGUCCCGUCAUCCCCCACAGGGAUGCCUAGGUCACCCUCUUACGGAGGCCCGAAGGCUGUCUCAUUUGUAAACACUGUGGAAAUUACAGAGGUGCAAUCAGUGGGAGCACAAAGGGAUGACAUGCAGUUGAAGACACCUCACAGUAAAAUAAAUGGACAGCCAAAAGGAAUAUCCAGGUUGGGUUCAACAUCAAGUUCCCAGGGGACGCCUGUCAGCCCUGCUAGACACUCAAAUGUUAAGAAGGUGUCUGGAGUUGGUGGAACAACCUAUGAAAUUUCAGUGUAAAAUAAAAUUAAUUAAAGAGCCAUCCACUCAGCCAGCCAUGAAGCUAGGAGCACUGUGAAGACUCAAAUAACAACCAAGAAGGAGCAGCAGCAGCCGGCCACUCUCCUUUUCUUGUUUUGGGUUUGUUCUGUUUUCAUCUUUCUCUUUUGGCCAAAAACCAGCUGCAGCCUUAUUCUUGAGGGAGUAAAAUUGUACAGUCCAUCAGACUCUUCCUGAACCGACGGGCAGGAACUGGCUACAACCUAACACCACAACCACAGAGAGGAUUUCUUUCAUGCAAGAGAGCGCUAAAGCCAUUGUGCGUGCGUCUGUCCAACAAACCUGUCGCAUACCAGUUGUGCUGUGAAAAAGUACGGUCAGUCCAGGAUCAUUCAGUUUUUCCCAUGCCCCUUCCCAGUUCUUCUGGCCAGCGACGUGUCCGGCAGGAGUCAGAGGCCCAACUGCUGUUUUCCUAGCGACAUGGAAAGCAGGCUGCCUGUGCUGGGCAGUCCGCGUGUGCGAGAACUCCUCUGUGUCCCCCAGGCGUUGCAGGUCCGGCUCCUCCUCCUGGGAAGGAGCAAGGCAAGGGCCACGAACGCCGUGUCGUCUUUAAAAGCCUCCCUGCUCCCAGAUGGGAGCAGGAGAAAGGAUAGCAACAGCUUCUCACUGUCUGCCGUUCGCCUCCCUGUGUGUGAAAUCGUGUGUGUGUGCGCGUGCGCGUGUGUUUGUCUCUCGUGGAAAAGGACCGCAGCACCAGUAAGGAUCUUCCACUCUGACCUCUCGCUCCCUCUGGUUUUCAAAGGCUUCUCUGACUCGGAAACAAAACCA